CGCGUGGACGAUUCAGCGGCCUGCGGCCAUGCGCGGCUCGGCGGAGAGGGGUUCCUGCACUCCAGCGGUCUCGUGCGGGUGCGCUCAGCCGGCCCUGGAGACAGGAUAUCUUUUAACUGAGCCAAUAGGCUACUUGGAGUCAUGUUUCUCAGCCAAGAAUGGUACUCCAAGGCAGCCAUCCAUUUGUAGCUACUCCAGAGCCUGUUUGAAGAUCAGAAAGAGCAUCUUUAAUAAUCCUGAGCAUUCCUUGAUGGGCCUAGAACAGUUUUCUCAUGUUUGGAUUUUGUUUGUUUUUCACAAAAACGGCCAUUUGAACUACAAGGCAAAAGUACAGCCGCCUAGGUUGAAUGGGGCAAAGACUGGAGUGUUCUCCACAAGGAGCCCACAUCGCCCUAAUGCAAUAGGACUGACGCUGGCCAAGCUGGAGAAGGUGGAAGGCGGCGCUGUUUUCCUGUCUGGAAUUGACAUGAUACACGGUACACCCGUUCUAGACAUAAAGCCCUACAUUGCUGACUAUGACACACCACGGAACUCGGAGCCUCUGGAGGAUUUGAAUGUGCAGCAUAACCACCAUAAGUCUAGGACUGCAUCUGACAGCUGUGACCAGCGGCUGCUCCCAGGGUGUGAGAAAGCACUGCACUGCCGUAGUGCCGAGGAGAAACUGAAAUGCCUUGAAGACAGGACCCCAGAAGACACCUUCCAGAAGCCCAGAGCUGGUACAGAAACCCGGCACGCUUUGCCUGGGGACAGAGAGAGAACAGUGGGUGUGGCGCUGGAGUCAAGCAGAAGUGCUGGUGCGGAUGUGACUGAAGAGCAGCGUGGCCCACAGGAUCUGAGGAACUUUCUGGACAAAGGCACGGAUAGGUCAGGGAACGUAGACCAUGCCUUGGUCCUGCAGGGGAACAGAGCCAAGACACAGUGGGCUUCCUUCCAGGCCAGGACAGCUGACAGAGCGCCCUGCAGUGUCCCCGCCUGGGUGAAGGAGGCCCCUGCAGCAUCGUUACAAGUCCGGUUUACUCCUCAUGCGGAGAUGGACCUGAGGAAGCUCAGUUCAGGAGAUGCCGGUCAGAUGUCAUUUAAAUACUUCCAGUCUGCAGAGGAAGCCAGGUGUGCCAUCGAGGCCGUGCUGUCGGCAGACCCCCGGUCCGUAUACCGGCGAAAGCUCUGCCAGGACCGCCUUUUCUUCUUCACUGUUGACACAGCUCAUGUCACAUGCUGGUUUGGCCAUGGCUUUGCCGAGGUUCUGCAGAUUAAACUGGCUUCUGAGCCUGUUGAGAUGACUGACCCUGAGGAGUCCUUGGUGGCUCUGGGGUCUUGAGCCCCAUCAUUUAUUAAGACGGCCUAGUUGACCUCUGGGUGUGGUGUAGGAGGGUCUCCUUUCUAUGUGUUGCUUUCACUGGUUGAAUAAAGAAAACUGCUUUGGCCUUUUGAUAGGGCAAAACUUAGAUAGGCAGAGUA